GCACUGGACCUUUAAACCGCGGUUGCCAAUCGAAGGAGGGCAAAGACAGGAAAGGAGGAGGGAAAUCACGCUUGUACCUCUGCUGACUCUCCAAUUGAGAGAAGCCAAUACAGAGAGGAGCACUUUAGACAGCCUCCUUAGGAAAAAACUAAACAAACACAUAAUUCCAUGUAAUAUGUAGGAUAUACAACGCAUUUACUUAUUUUUUCUAUUCUCCUGGAGAAUUUUACGCACCGCUAAAGGCUCCUGUGAGGAAAACGCCGCAGAGAUGAGUGUUGCGCGUUCUGGCGUGCUUCUGAAACAUCCGCGCUCCUGAUAAAGGGACCAAAGAGGACAAACGAGGCUUUUUUUCCCCUAAGAUCGCAAAGGUGGAGCGAUUAGAGAAGGGCUGAUGAAGGGACUAUUAAUCCUUUCAGUGCAUCAAAAGCACCAACGAGGAUUAGAAACGUUUGGAUGGAAAUCGGAACUGUUUUUGGUUUUAUAUGAAACUGGUGAUUAAUUAUUGUAAGUUUUUCCCUCACUAAACACAUUUCUAAGGUGUUUUGCCUUGUGGAAGGUUGUAGGAAAACGUGAAUUGGCAAGAAAGAAAAACAAAAAAAGCAACUCUUCGCCUUUUUUUUUUCUUCAAGUAAUUUCUUAAUCUAAAUGGAAUUAGUUGAGUCUGAAGUCGGUUGUGAAAGAAACAGACAUGGUACAUGGGCACAGCUUCAUUCACGUUGUGGCAAGUCUACUCAUGCUUGGCUUUUCUGGGGCAACAAAAAAGGAUAUGGCUACAGUGAAAAACAAUUCAGGAGUGAAACCUGCAGAUCAGUGUGGAGCAUGGGUAAAAGACGCAGACGGAGGGCUCUUCACCUCACCCAAUUAUCCAAAUAAAUACCCCCCAAACACAGAGUGUGUGUAUAUCCUUGAAGCUCCCCCAAGACAGUGCAUUGAUCUACACUUUGAGGACAGUUAUUCAAUCGAGUCCUCCUGGGAAUGUAAAUUUGACAACAUUGAGGUUCGCGAUGGACCAUUUGGCUUUUCCCCAAUGCUUGGGAGGUACUGCGGUCAGCACAGCCCUCCCGAUAUUAGGAGUAGCGGCCGAUACCUGUGGAUAAAAUUUGUAACCGAUGGAGAACUGGAAGGGGUGGGAUUUUCAGCAAGUUACAACUUCACAGCAGAUCCAGACUUUGCUGACUUGGGAGUGCCUCCACCUCUGCCCUCCUGUCAGUAUGAUAUGGUAGGUCCAGAGGGCAUCGUUGAGUCACAUCAGAUCACCAGAGAUGGGAAAGCUGGUGCCACUGAGGCUGUCGACUGUAAAUGGUACAUCCGUGCUCCACCCCGUUCCAAGAUCUACCUGCGCUUUCUGGACUAUGAGAUGGCAAACUCCAACGAAUGCAAGCGCAACUUUGUAGCAGUCUAUGAUGGAGGAAGCUCGGUGGAAGACCUGAAGAGCAAAUUCUGUUCCACUGUGGCUAACGACAUCAUGCUGGUGUCCACACUGGGAGUUAUCCGGAUGUGGGCAGAUGAGCUCAGCCGCAAGAGUCGCUUCCGUAUUCUUUUCACAACCUACCAAGAACCUCCUUGUGAUGACGAUGCCUUCUUUUGUCACAGUAACAUGUGCAUAAACUACACUCUAGUGUGUAACGGCAUGCAAAACUGUGUCUACCCCUGGGAUGAGAACCAAUGCAAAGAGAAAACUAAUACCAAAUUCCUGGACAACCUCAACUCCUCAAAUGGGGCCAUAAUUGGGGUGACCUGCUGCAUCGUGUUCAUCCUCCUCAUCGUCUCAGUAAUUGUUCAGAUAAAGCAGCCGCGUAAGAAAUACAUUUUCCGACGAGAAGACUUUGACCCCACCAUGUUUCAGGAGGUCUUUGAACCCCCCCACUAUGAGCUAUGUACUUUACGGAGUGCCGCCACACCCACAGCGGCCUCUGCAGAUUUGGUUGACUUGGCGGAGGACUUUGAGAACUACCACGCCCUUCGCCAGGCCUCCUCCCGCUGCAUUCAUGACCACCACUGUGGCUCUCCCUCUUGCCCUGGCUCUGCACACAUAUCACAGCUGUCGCUCAGCGGUCGAGGGAGCAGGAGUAACUUAAGUGCCCGCGACUCAGGGGCCACAGCAGCUCUGCUCACAGACCUUCCGCAGCCACCAAUGUCUGUGCGGCCCCUGCUGCCAGCCACAGGGAACCGUAGGAGCAUCUUGGUCAUGAAGCACAGCUACUCUCAAGAGGCGGCAGACAAUGGAUGCGACCUGGAUGACGACCUGGAAGACGUUCCAACCACCAGCCAUCGACUGUCACGCCAUGAAAAGGCAGUACAGCGGUUCUGCCUCAUUGGCUCUUUGAGCAAACAUGAAUCAGAGUACAACACAACUAGGGUCUAGGAGACAAUCCCAAGACUUCUUGAAAAUAGUGCUAUCCUGGAACAGUACGAACGGGCGUCACUGACACAUGACAGAGUGGAUCGGGAAUUCACACCAGCAUGAUGCUGGUGAUGAUGAUGAUGAUGAGGGUACACUUUGGUGAAAUGGAUACAUACUGGAGUUGUAUUCAUGUGCAAAGAUUACGAUGGACUAGAAUUAAAUACUCUAGCCACAAUGCUGUGAAGAGAAAACAGUUACCUCUACUGCUGAUGCAGUUUGCUGAAUGCUUUUUAAUAUCUGUGGCUUUUAUAUAAGAAACAAAUAUGAAGGAGUGCAGUGUGGGCUGUGAAAUAUCUGUUAUUUUUGAUAGAUUCCUUCUUACCAUAAAGCCAGUUUGACCAUUUUCAAGUUUCUUUUUUUCAGCAUGCCUUUUAUUAGUUAAUAACAUACAUGUUAAAAUUUUUCACACCUCCUUAGUCCAACAUCUUUGAAACUUGACUCUACUUAAUACUAACCUAACUGAAAUUAUUAAUAGGGGGGUAUGGCAGAAUUCUUCCAAGUUUAAUUAAAAAACCUAAUGAGAUGUUUGGCUUGUGCAUGCACCAUUAUUUUCCAUUAAUGCAUUAACAUGCUAGCAAAAAAAUUGAGGAAAAAAUGAGUUAGCAUUAGGUCAUAUAAGCUUUAUAUGCAAUUUAAAAAGUAUUUACAGAUGUAUUAAAGGUAUGCAUGUUAUGUGGUUAAACAGCAUUCUUCUUUUUUUUUAAGUGUUUAGCAUUUUUUAAAUGUAAUUAGAGUUUGAGUUUGUUGACUUUGAAUAUACCGGCUUAGCCUUUGACUGGCAUUUUUUCUUUCGCUUUUUAGACAAACAUUUAAUUUUGAUUGAAUUCUCUUUAACCGAAGCUUAAUAUCUUUAUAUAAAAUACACUUUUCUAAUAGGAAAAAUAAAUAAAAAGGACAGUUUAUAUAUUGCUCUAUUUAGCUUUUAGGGCUGAUGUAAUUGAAGUUUUAUAAAACAAAAACAUCGUUUAAGCUUUUCAACUUUUUUUAAGCUUUUUCAGAUUUUAGUCAGUACCUUCAAAUUGUCCACUAAGUGUCCUCAGAUUAUUAGGCAAACCAUUAACAUCUCUAAAUCCUUGAGUUUUGAAAUUGUGUUGGUUUUUUAUCUAUAUUCUAAAUUGAUUUAUUGUUAUUUUGUGUUCCUGAGUAUUUUUAUUUUGAAUGGAAGCAUAAUUAACAUUUUGAAGUGGCCCAGCAUGAGUGUGAUUUAGAAUCUGACCAUUUAUAUCAGAGGUCAAAUAUUAGCACAAUAACAAAUAAUGUUGCAAUAUGGAUCCCAUCAUCAAAGUUAAAGCAUCAGUCCGACAGAAGACACUUCAUACUGCUUAAUUUAAUGUGUAUAUUGAAGUAUCUAAGAUAAAAUAUAUUUAGCUUUUUUUGGGGGGGGAGAUGGGAUUGGGUGUUAUGUGAAGAAAGAAGACUGUACCUACUUCAUGUAUGUACAGCAGGGCUAAAUGUUUCCCACAUAUUGUUUCCAGUGGUUAACACAUGGCAUGUUGUUAUUUUUGGAGAUACCAAAUUUGCACUUUAUAAAAGUUUCGUACCUUCACUGUAGUUCUGUUAAAGUUUUUCUUUCUUUCUUUCUUUCUUUCUUUCUUUCUUUC